AUGAGUCUCCGUCAGAAAGUCCGCAGAGUGUUCCAACGCACUGGAAGCCGCUCCAAAUCCAAGGACAAUGGCAUCAAGAUCGAGUACUACAAACGCCAUGAGAUCCCCCGGUCCAAGUUCAAGGGUCCGUUCGAUCGAGAACACCAAAAGAAACUCGCCGCAUGGUCGUUCGAGGACGCCCAAGCCGAUCGACCCCGUUCGCUCGACCUCUCGCUGUCGCCUUGUACCACCCUCCCGGAGCAUCUGCGACCACGCUGCCCCGACGACGACGAUGUGGCUCCCGAUCAGAUUGCCUCCCCGGCUCCUGAGGUGACCGUAACUGAUGAUUCUGCCAUGCCAACUCUUGAAGAUGAUUACGCUCAUGAUCGAGACACCGACUCGGGCUCGUCUUCGUCUACCGCCGUCGAUUCCGACAGCUACAGCGCCUCGUUGAUGACGCUGCUUCCGGAAAUCUUGCGCCAGGACUCCAUCGCCCAGAUCAAGGAGUCGAUACGUUACACAUCACCUGCCAUCCGGACCAUCUCGCCACCACCACUGUCUCCCAAGGGAACCUGCAUGCCUUUUUCGCCGGAUGAUUUGACACGGGCGUUGAACGCCGUGCAAAUCUGUGGUUAA